GGUUAUUAUGGCAGUUCGAUUUAACGGUCUAAUUUUCGGUUAAGCACCCUCUCGCUUGAAUAUCUCUAGAAGACAAACCACUGCGUGCAUUAUACGAAGUUUCUCCACUUCAUUUCUCAAAUCGAGGAGAGAUGAUUGCUUGACGACGACUUACACCGUUCUCGCCUCGAUCUUUACCUUUUUGUUUGGUCAAAAGUAAGUUAAGAGAGAAGGAUGUCGACUCCUGCGAGGAAGAGACUGAUGAGGGAUUUCAAGAGGUUGCAGCAAGACCCUCCUGCUGGGAUUAGUGGUGCUCCUCAAGACAACAACAUCAUGCUCUGGAAUGCUGUUAUAUUUGGGCCUGAUGACACCCCUUGGGAUGGAGGUACUUUCAAACUCUCACUGCAGUUUUCAGAAGAUUACCCAAACAAACCACCAACUGUUCGGUUUGUUUCACGGAUGUUCCAUCCAAACAUUUAUGCUGAUGGGAGUAUAUGCUUGGACAUCCUCCAAAACCAGUGGAGUCCUAUCUAUGAUGUCGCUGCUAUACUUACCUCCAUUCAGUCACUGCUCUGUGAUCCUAAUCCGAAUUCUCCUGCGAAUUCCGAAGCUGCACGAAUGUUCAGCGAAAGCAAACGUGAGUAUAACAGAAGAGUCCGUGAGGUUGUGGAACAAAGCUGGACUGCAGACUAG